AUGCCCGACUGCGGCGUCCGAAUUGUGCGCGCCGAGCGGAGGCUGCUCCAUCGCGAGUGCUGUCUGCUCGAGUUCGUCCACGCCGACUACGCCGACAACACAAAGGGCAUCUACCAGAGUCUGGGGCAAGGACAUCCUCGCCAAGCUCCAGGCCGCCAGCCGCAACUCGCCGAGCCGACGGUUGCCGAGCCGGAGCUAGUCGGCCGCAUCACGCGCUACCUAGCGACGAACCCGUUCCGGACGCGCGCAUCGCGGCGCCGCUGCGCUCCAUCAGCACGCCCGUCAUUCCAGGCACUGCCCGACCACCUGGGCGAAAACGGGUACCGCAACGAGACGUCCGGCGCGUCGGUGCUGCACAGGGGUUUGGCUGCCGACAAGGGCCUCUUCCCUUGGCUCAAGAAGCGCCCGGACGUGGCGGCCGACUUCCAGAGCCUGAUGGGGGUCCCUAAAAAAGGCAACGGCUUGGAUGUUGUCCCGUUGGACGCGUGCGUCAGUGCCGCCCAUCGAGACCCCGUCCUCGUAGACAUUGGCGGCAACACCCAGCAUCAGCCCGCACGGCUGAUUUGGACCGGAGCCAGAUACUACUACCUGAGGGCGAUUCUGCACAACUGGAACGACUACAAGGCGGCGCAUAUUCUCUCUUCCAUCACGCCGGCUCUGUCCGCCGGCUCGCAGGUGCUGAUCGACGAGGUCGCGGUGCCGGAGACGGGGGCGCCUGGGCGCGAGGCCCGACCUGCAUAUGUUGAUGCUCUUCAGCGCCGGCGAGAUCACCGCGCCGCAGUGGGACACCCUCUUGGACCGCGCGGGCCUGAGAACCGUGAGGGUCGAGCAGCACGCGCCCGCCUACGGGGUUGCGUCAUCUUUGCCGAGCGCAAGGACUGA